AUGACUCACCGUAUUUCAGAUUUUCCAAAAUGUCGAACGACCGGUCACCAUCACCAUCUAAGGAGAGACACGUUGCGACAACUUCCGUGUGGCGUGUGGCGGCGGCCAGCCCAUCCGGCCCGGAAAUACGUAGGCCUAGACGUCGGCUGUAACGCGGGGGAUUUAACGUUCGUGUUGCACGACUUCCUCCAGACCGCCUUAUCGAGCGACCCAGCGGAGAUCUCUCUGCUCGGCGUGGACCUCGAUCCGAUCUUAAUCGAGCGGGCACGGGAACGCAACCCACGGCCGGAUCGGAUUAUUUUCGAGUGCCUCGAUUUUCUCUCCGAGGACAGUAACCGGACGCUCGAGGAGCACCUACGUCGGCACGAGAAGUUACGGUUCGAUGUCGUGUUUUGUUUCUCCGUUACAAUGUGGAUACACUUGAAUUACGGGGACAAAGGACUGGUGGAAUUCCUUCGGAAAGCUUGCUCGCUGACGGAGAUGAUCGUGAUCGAGCCGCAACUAUGGAAAUGCUAUAGGAACGCAUCGAGACGAUUGAGACGAUCAAAAGGCGAAGAUUUCCCCCUGUUGAAGACCCUGAAACUUACUGGUGAUCCCACGGCACACAUAGAAAACAUAUUAACAGAAUCUUGUAACUUUCGAAGAGUGACGGUCACCGCGGACAAUGAGUGGAAACGGAGACUGUUAAUUUACGAGAGUUCCGUACGUUAAUCGACGUCAAACUACGGUAUGAAUAUUUUUUA